AUGCCUCCCCCCUGCUUCAGGGUUCUAGUUGGCGUGAAAAGAGUUGUUGAUUAUGCAGUCAAAGUUAGGAUCACACCAGAUCACAGUGGAGUGGAUACCGCGAACCUUAAAACCUCCAUGAACCCGUUCUGUGAACUCGCUGUUGAGGCUGCAGUGCAGCUGCGCGAACGCCUCGGUCCGGAGCGCGUGCCCGAAAUCGUCGCUGCCAGUGUGGGCCCCACAGCGUGCCAGGAGACCCUGCGGACAGCGCUUGCCAUGGGAGUCGAUCGUGCCGUACUCGUGAACACCGACGCAGCACCAGUGUCCGACUCCAAAGCGGGUAGCGCGCUGCAGCCGGAGCCGUUAGAUGUUGCGCGGACGCUGGCGGCGCUUCAGUCGCGACUCCAGUCGAACUUGAUUCUGCUUGGGAAGCAAGCUAUUGAUGACGAUUCGAACCAGACAGGCCAACUGCUGGCUGGAAUUUUGAACUGGUCACAAGGAACUUUUCUCUCCAAGAUCGAGGCCGAAAAAGAGCAAGAUUUGCUGCAAGUCGACCGUGAAGUUGAUGAAGGAAUUGAACGGCUCCGGCUUCGACUGCCGAGUGUACUGACUUGCGACUUGCGCCUGAACAAACCACGAUACAUAACGUUGCCGAACCUGAUGCGAGCGAAAACGAAACCGAUUGAAACGCUCAGUACGAGCGACCUCGGCGUUGCGUUGCGAACGUACUGGCAAAUUGUUCGCGUCGACGAACCACCCGCUCGCCGUCAAGUCACGAUGCUCAAAACUGUCGAUGAGCUGGUGGCGAAACUCCAGCAACUAGGCGUUUUGGACCGCGCUUGA